UCUGCCAUUGUCACGGUGUCUGCUGUGUGUAAACGAGCCCUGUACUGGUUAUACAGUAGUAGAGGACUAUCGGUUUCAUGUGCACACCUGUUGGUCAACAUUUGUCACUGAUUUCUAUGUGGGAAUCCGAGCUUUUCACUUCCAACCUGUGCUGAACUUGUCCUGGACUUGGAGAUGGUGGACGAGAGUCCAACUGUUUCUUUUAAGGGUCUCAUAAGUAAAGUCCUUGAAGAUAACAGGAGCAGAACUGCUCCUCCUCUCUUACUGAAGAAUGGCUCUCAGUUUAAGAAGAACCUGGAAGUUAUUAUAUCCCAGAAGCAGCCACCUGAGUCCAUCUGCUGUUCAAAUGCAGGACAGACUAGACACAAGGUUUGCGUGAAUAAUGUACCUUGUGCUGGCCGAGCACUGAGGAAUGAUUUCUUAUCCAAUGGCCAGGAGAACUGGAAAGCACAUAUUAAACUGGCAAGAAUCAUCAGGAGGACAUAUAUUGGUCUAGAGCUUGUGGAAUGGCUGAUGGAUCGUUGUGAUUUUAUCCAGAACCGGACGAUAGCUUCCAAAAUCUGGAACAUUCUCCUAGACUUGGGCAUUCUACUUUCAGUGGAGCAGAACAAUGUAUUUGAGGACUCCAGGUCUUUGUACCAGUUCACCUUUGAGGAAUGUGAGGCCCAGAGCUGUGAUUUCAGAAAUCAGGUCAACUGGACGAAUGCAGUACAUCUGCUGCUGCAGCUGGUCCCAUACGCGCAGCUCCGCGGUGGGACCCAGAAGCGCUAUAAAGAAGAUGCCCAGAAAACAUCUGAUGUUUGUAAUCCAGUUCUUCAAAUGAGAGCCUUGGAGCAUCUCACUUCAACGGUGCAGAAUGAACUGUUGGCAGCUCUGGCUCGCAAGGCACAGACUAAAUCAGUAAUGGAGGAGAGCAGUCCACAGCACAAUACCAACACCCCAGGAUCCUCUCCCAGUCCUGCUGUGCACAAGCAGGGCCCUGGAGCUGCUACACGCGAUAGAGAGGAUAUCAGUCGAUUGGAGAUGGUCCAGAGACUGGCCAAGGACGGAUGCCGCCUUCUGCACAGCCCGCUCAGAGCUGCCGAAAGGCCUGCUGAGCCCUCCAGUGACGCAGCAGUCCGUGUGUGUGAGAGAGAGCGGAGCCACGAGGUGCUGCUGCCUCAGAGGACGACGUCACCGAGAGCUCCCCCCUCCUGCUCUUCCUCCUCCUCCUCCUGGACCGGGAGGUACACUGCUGUGCCCGCCGCCCCCGAAAAGGUUCUGGAGCAUCUGCUGGGCCACCUGAGGCUGGAUGAGGAGCAGAAGAGCCCAACGAGCAGAGAGACAGAGAAUCUAUUGGAUGACUUCCUGUUGACGUACCCUGUGUUCAUGUCCACCAGUGACCUGUGCCAAGCACUACUCGGUCACUAUUGUUCAAAGAAAGGCCGGAUGAAAGAGGAGGGGAGAGACACUCUGCUUAGGAAACGAAAAGUGCUGCACCUGCUGUCCCAGUGGAGCUCGCUGUGCGCAGACCUGCCACGGGACGACGAGCACGCCAAACUAUUCCUCAAGACUCUGUACAGAUAUGUUCUGGAUGAUCUCUAUGAGUUUCCCUCGCUGGAGAAGGAUCUGAAAGAACUUCAGAAACUUCUACGGAUGCAAAGGAGACACACGAUAGAUGAAUACUCUCCGCAGAGGAAGAAUAAAGCUCUCUUCCACCAGCUGAGUCUGAAGGAGAGCUGGCACCCUGUGAGAGGAGCUCAGAGGGACAGCAAGGACGUGUUGUGUCGUGUGUACAUGACCAUAGACUCAUACGUGAGUGUGAGGACACACAGCGAGGUGUCCGUUCAGGAACUGCUGAACACUGUGGCCGAAAGGCUCGACUGUGCCGAGGACGACAUGGUGCUGAUGGCCGUCACAUAUCCUGGAGAGAAGGUUCUGCUUCAGUCGGAUCAGUGUGUGUUCUCGUCUUCACUCGGUGCCACUGAGCGGCUGCACGUCUGCAGAAGAGACCUGACUGAGAUCAUGAGUCCCUUCACUGAUAACGGGCCGCAGCGCUCAGUAAAGAUGCUGAGCAUGAACACGUGGGAUGUAGCCGUGUCGCUCACCAACUGUGACUGGAGUCUCUUUAGUAAUGUCCAUGAGCAAGAGCUGGUAUACUUUACUCUGAGCCGUGACACGAGCACUGGCCACACGGUGGCGCUGGAGCAGAUGUUGCAGCGCUGCAAUGAGACCCAGCAGUGGGUGAUGACCGAAGCGCUCCUGUGCCCGACCCUCUGCAAACGUGUGCAGCUCUUCAAGAAAUUCAUCAAGAUCGCAGCACACUGUAAAGCACAGAGGAACUUGAACUCAUUCUUUGCUAUUAUUAUGGGACUGAACAGUCCCGCUGUCAGUCGACUCACUCAGACAUGGGAGAAAGUCCCUGGGAAGUUCAGGAAGCUGUUCUCUGAGCUGGAGAGUCUGACGGAUCCUUCUUUAAAUCACAAAGCCUACAGAGAUGCCUUCAGGAAGAUGAAGUCUCCCAAGAUCCCUUUCCUACCUCUGCUCCUGAAAGAUAUUACCUUCAUUCAUGAGGGCAACAAAACAUUUCUCGACAACCUAGUCAACUUUGACAAACUACACAUGAUUGCAGACACCGUGCGGAUUAUCAGGCAGUGUCGGACAGAUCACAUGGGAAACAUGUUGUCCCAGAAGGACAGCGUUGAAGUGAGAACGUACAUCAAUUACCUGCACAUCAUCGACAAUCAACAGACUCUGUUUGAGCUCUCACACAGACUUGAGCCCAGGACAUAAAACAAUUCAAUAUACCCCAAAACCACUACUGAAGACUGGACGGUGUCCUUCCUCUAACGCAAGACUGUGACGAGGACGUCCUCCACUAGGGGGAAACACAAUCACGCCAACCACACAGAACAGAUGCAGAGUAUGGCACAGUGAAAGAAAUCUCAGCCAGUUCAGCCCACCAUAUGAAAGGAACGAAGAAGCUGAAUCAUGCAAGACUGAACAGUUAUUCUUUAAGUUACAGUACAGAAAGAUCAUGUUGGGAAUUCCGAUAUCUCCAUAAAGCACAUUUUUCACUCAGUAGUAUAGGGCAGAUUUUAGUUACUUUUAGCCACUGCAAAAUAUGUAGCUUCACUAAUAAAUAAGAGCAUAUACAUAUAUGAGAAGUUAAUAGGCACAGCUAUAUUUCUGUGUAGUCCAGUUAGUCUGAAUUUUGAGCUAAAUGGACAAAUAACAAAACAAUGUGAUGCCUUUUUAGAUCAAGGCCAUCAAACAAUUUGUAGACAAUCAGAAAGAUAUCCCAAUCACCCUGUAUUUUAGGUGCAGAAUUGCUAGCAGAAGUUUAGAUUAAAGCGACAUUUAGUUGAACUUGCAUAAACUGUAAGGACAUUUAAAAAGUUAUGCAUAUCUUUGAGGAAAAAAAAAAACGAUAUCUGUGUAAUUAAGCAGACUGUCAUAGAAAUAAUUGGGUUUUAAUGUAUUUUCCUAUGCAUUUUAUUGGAAAAGCCCUGCUUAAAAUAACUAAGCCAUGGUCCUGUAAUGCUUAUAUGAGAUAGUGCUUGAAGAAAGCAAAUGUAUAGAUUUCUUGUAUAAGUUGUACUUUGCAUUGUGAGACAAUGAGAUAUUUAUUGAACUACAAACUUGUCCCCGAUUCAGAAGGGAAGACAAAACAAGUUUUAAAUACAAAGAAAGAUGUAAUGUACUGUAAAUGUGAUCAGAUGGUCUGAAGGAUUUGGCUACGCCAUUGAUUGACCAGUCUGAUAAUGCCUGUGACGUUCACAUGUGAACUCUGUAAAUACGAAGACUUUGUUUUUAAGAAAUAAUGAUAAACAGGCCAUAAAGCAAUAGCAAGGUGUACAUCUCACCUUCAGAAAAAAAUUGUUAGCAGUGACUGACUGUAGCUGCUGUUUGCACUAGUUUUCUUCACAAAGAGCCUGACAUUAAAAAAACAAACAAAUGA